CAGAUGGCGCAAUACAUUCCGCUGAAUUUAACAGGAAACAAUUUAGGAGUACGACACUGUCAGUUAAAUACACUGGUUGAAGAUGCUUUCCAAUCAUCAGUACCAUUUGAGGCCAUACAAGACCUUCCGGAAGCCACACUAGUGGACAGACUCUUCAAGAUCGCCCUUGCUUCAAAAUACAGAAACAUUGAUUACAUAUUCAAAAAUCUAAAAGAUCCAGACAUGCUAUUUGUUUCCAAAGCUCUGAAAUGCACUUGGCUAUUGGAAUCAGAAUACAAAGAUAAAAUAAACGCAAACGAUUUGGAGAAUGAGCUAUUUCCACACAUGAUGUCAACCGCCGUCUGCAAAAUGCAGCAUUGGCUACAACGACACUUACAUGAACCUGACAGAUGCAAAGAAUUUUACACGUAUUACAAGGAAAAACAGUUUAAAAUAGCUAUUAAAUUUCUUUGGCAUUGCUCCAACGAAUAUCUACUCGAAGAGUUCAUGAAUAUCACAGAUAGAAUAGGUGCACGUAAUUUAAAAGUACUCAGUGAUAAAUGCCCACAAUUAACCAGAAUAUUUUACGAAAAUUUAGAACAUAAUCAAAAUGUUUUGAAACACUACCUUGACGAUGAAAAAUCUUUCUUUUUCAACAUAAAAUAUAUCUUGAAAUCUGAUCCUGAAACAUUUUUCAAUGUUGUUGAAAAAUACUUCAAUGUUAAGAAGUUUAAUUCCUUUGGGCCAGACAUUACAAAACAAAUAAUGGUUCAUCACAGAAAAAGAUUCUUUUGUAAACCUGAAUUGUACACAGCUUGGUUACUAAACAUUAAUAUUUUAGCCAACUACUUAAGUCCCGAGGAAGUAAAAGAGGUUGUUUUAAAAUUAGCAAGAGCGGAAUACUUGGGUAACUGGUUUACUUAUCAAAAGGUAGAACCUUUGAUCAAAAGGCUGAACAAGAACGAAAGAGUUGCAUUCAAAAAACUUGUUUUUGUUGACAAAGCUAUAGGAGAUAAACUCAAAGAUUGGCCAUACACUCCGCUUAGCUCGCCUAUUAUGAAAGAAGUUCCUGGAUAUAGCCUUUUUAAGGACAAAGAACAUGAAGAACACGCAUUGAGAACCGCAAAACGUUUAAUAAAAAAAAGAAAAGGCCCACUACAUGAAAAUAUUGAGAUACGUGUACGCCGAACUCUACUUGAUGAUUUAUUCGAUCGUUAUCGAUUCAUGAGUUUCGAAGCGACUUUGUCUGAUCUUCGGAAACGACUGAAAGCUGAGAGUAAUUUACAAAACCGUGAGUUCAUGAUGCUUGUACUGGUCAGCAAGUCCGGUGGACGCGAAGAUAGUCUUAGAACCUUGUUCGGGCUAUUAUCACAGUAUAGAAAUGAGCCUGUGCACUUUCGAGCAGCUAUUGUCCGAAGUUUGGUGAAACGUGCCUUUGUGUGGCGUUUACCUGAUGACCUAUGGGCUGACUUGCUGCAAUGGGCGCACGGUAUGGGUUUAGAUGGAAGUCCCUCAGAAAUUAAUUGCACUGAGGGAGUGCAUGCGGUUGUCUUGCGAAAUCUUCUCACCGAUCAGGAAUUUAAUCCAGUUGCAGCUAAAUUAUUUUUUGAUAACUUUACAUAUUUUACAGAGUACUCCUUAAGUGCUGUAGAACGCAGGUUACUUAAAUAUAGUCUGCCCCAAUUGCUAAUUGAAGCAGCUGUUUCAGAAACGGGAUCUGUAAAACAGACGCUUUUGGAGCAAUUGCUGAGUACACUGGAUCAGUAUCAUAUUCCUUUUGACAAGUUUCCUGGUGCUGUAGAAGCUAUCGCAACAGCUGUCCUAGAAGACCGAGAUUCUUCUCAAUACCUACUCAUCCGCUUGUACAAUGCUCGCGUUGCUCGAAAACAAUUUUUCAAAGAAAACUUUUCUUUAAAUCACGAUAUUGCAUCAUACAUGAACGCCCUACGACAUGACAUUUCAGUGAUUGAAUUUGACAAUAGUGAUGGGUUUCUAGAAGUCGUAGAAAUGGAAGGUUCUUCGCGUUAUCAGAUUUUUUUAAGAAAAUUGAUAAUAUAUUUUGCGGAACCAGGAGGACUGGCAGAGCAGUUCCAUGCAUUUUUCAAACGCUUAGCUGAAACAAGGCCACAUAACUGUCUCGCAAAGCCUUUGUGUCUAUUCGUUGGAAAAGGUUUCAUUACGUUACUAAAAACUUUAGAUAGUGCGCCAAAAAAAUCAGCAGAAAGACGUCUAGCGGCUGCAUUAAGAGCAAACGCUCAUACCACCCGACCACGGGUAGAUUUAAAAGAGAUCGGUUGGCAAGCAGCAGGAGCUAAAGCAAUAGCUAACUUAGUUUGUACCAGUCCUCGAAAUCAGCUAAAUAAUAUGGUUAUAGAGCUUCUAACCUGGGGACGCACUAUUCGAUUGACACUUACUUUGACAGAUGAUGAAGAUGUUAAGAUCGCUUAUAAAAUAAUGGCAGAAUUAAGGCCAGGGAUAGCUUUAAAAAUGUUUUUGCGCUAUUUAAAAGUCGGUAAAAUUGGCAGUGAAUUUCUAACGAUUUGGAAUAUUGUAAAAUCUCUUAUUACUAAACUGGAUUUUACUAAACGACCCAGACUUUGCGCAAACCUUAAGAAUAUUAAAUUUGUGCCAUCCUUGAUUAAACCCGAGUAUUGUGUUCUUGUAUAUCAAGCUUUUACACAAAUAGAUAAAGACGAAAGUCCAUUAUACAAACCAUCACUAAGCAUACUUUUCGAUAUAGAAAAUAUAUGUUACGAUGUAAAUGAAUCAUUUUUCUGUAAUCUUGUGAACAAUAUAAUAGUAGAUAAUGAGUUACUGAAUCGUGAAUAUUUCCUCAGGCAACAAUCAUGUUUAUAUAUUCGACUUAUCAUAAAGUACAUACUGCUUUGCGAUUCUGAGGACUCUCAAAAGAUAAGAAUGAAGAGCUUAGACUCUUUAUUGCAACGGCUGGAAGAAUAUUGGAAAAUAAUUGAUGAUGAUGUUUCGAAAAGCUUGUUUUUGGAAACAUUUUUGGAAGCCUUAAAAUAUAAUAAAGUAUUUUUUGACGUUAAGUAUGUCUCGUGUAUGCCUGUUUUUGAAAGAGUUCUUGCUUGGUUGCACAGUUUCUUGACUAUAGAGAAAUGGUUUGAUAUUUACAUUAAGUUACAUUUAACAAUGCUUUAUUACAAAGUAGCCAGAAUCUGUAUUAGUCAGAAACUUGAAUACUUUACUAGUGAUCUUCAAAAUCUUGACAAAGGUAUUGAUAUGUUUGGAAAUAUUUUUGGCAAAUUGCUUGCACUUGAUUAUGAAGAAUUACAAGAUAAAUAUUUUGAAAGCAUAAGAGAAAUAUAUAGAGAAGAGUUGAUGGAAUACCUUAAUAAGUAUAUUGAUUAUACAUCAUUUGAUUAUAGUAAAGAGAGGUUUGUUAUAGCUGUUAUAAAAAGUAUUUUAGAUGAAAAAGAUGCUAAAGAAGCACAUUUUUUGGCUAGUCAUAUGUUUGUAAGACAUGAGAAUAGAUAUUUUAAAUACGGAUUAGACUUCAGUGAUAUUAAGGAUAAUCUGAAAGUUACAAAUAAUAAUGAGUUACGCUUUUCAUUAAAUAUAGAAUUUUAA